AUGGAUAGGAUCGUUGGAGGUAAAUACUUGCUCGGUCGUAAAAUCGGAAGCGGAUCAUUUGGUGAAAUCCAUCUCGCUUCGCAUAUUGAUACCGUCGAGAUCGUGGCUGUGAAGAUCGAGAACAAUAAGACAAAACAUCCACAGCUACUGUAUGAGGCCAAGCUAUACAAUAUUCUCCAGGGAGGAAGUGGUAUACCUGGUAUAAAGUGGUCUGGGGUAGAUGGGGAAGACAAUAUCCUGGUCCUCGAUUUGCUAGGACCAAGUCUUGAAGAUCUAUUUGUGUAUUGUGGCAGGAAGUUUUCAUUGAAGACGGUCUUAAUGCUGGCUGAUCAAAUGUUAACAAGGAUAGAAUAUGUGCAUUCUAAAGGGUUCUUGCAUAGGGAUAUUAAGCCUGAUAACUUUCUUAUGGGUCUUGGUCGGAAAGCAAAUCAGGUUUAUAUUAUUGAUUUUGGGCUUGCAAAAAGAUAUCGGGAUGCAACAACCAAGCAGCAUAUUCCUUACAGGGAGAACAAAAGUUUAACAGGGACGGCACGCUAUGCUAGUUGUAACACUCAUCUUGGAAUUGAGCAAAGCCGGCGGGAUGAUUUAGAAUCUAUUGGUUAUGUACUUCUAUAUUUCUUGAGAGGAAGCCUUCCAUGGCAGGGUUUAAAAGCUGCCACAAAGAAGCAAAAGUAUGAUAAAAUAUGUGAGAAGAAGGUAUCAACUCCCAUUGAGGUUUUAUGCAAGUCUCAUCCAGUGGAAUUCGCAUCAUACUUCCAUUAUUGUCAUUCACUGACCUUUGAUCAACGGCCUGAUUAUGGGUUCUUGAAACGUCUGUUCCGAGAAUUGUUUACUCGUGAAGGAUAUGAAUUUGAUUACAUAUUUGAUUGGACCAUCCUAAAGUACCAACAGGCACAGAAGAGUAAACCUCGGCCACAUGUAUCACCAGCUCCUGGAGAGAGCAGCAGUCGAACAGUUCAAAAGCAUGUGGACAAGCACCAAGGCAAUAAUGCUUCAUAUCCGACCGAGUUGACAGAGCGCACGAGAUCAAGCAAUCCUGUUAGUCCUCGCUUUCGCAUGCAAUUUAAAUCGCCACCAGAAAGGAAUUUGAGCUCUGACAAGCCCCUUGAGAGAAAUAUGGAUAACAAUGCAUGCGUGCCAUCUACUUCCUUUUCUCUUGCUGCAAUCUCAAAAAGAAAGGCCAUAAAACCAGCGUUGCCUGCUGAAUCCACAAACCCUGAUCAUGGGCAUGCUGAUAACAUUGGUCCUUCAAGCAGCUGGAUAUCUUCCUUGCGCCGCAUUUCUUCCGCCAAGUGAUUUACAUGGUUCCGAGGUUAUUUUAUGGUUACCAGCUUGCGUUACAUGGCUUCAAGGUUAUUGCAAACUCAAUAUUUGACCCUUCGAUUCAGACCAUCAGGUGUUGGCUGACCGGAUUUGACGCAUCAAUGCAUAAUCUAUGGCCGAGCAAGCAUACUAUGAAUGUAAAUUGCUAAAUUGCUAUAAGGUUGGAAGCUCGGGUUAGAUAUUUUCCCUCUAUGAUAGUGUCUUUGAUCAUUCAAUACAGAUCAGAGCUUGUCUUAAUGUACCCAAAAAGACCCCCUUUAUCCCUUAAUGACAUUAUUAGAGAGGACAUGCACUCACAGCAAAUUUGGUUUUGUGGUCCCUUGUAACAUGAAUGAUGAGUGAAGUGUUUUCCCCUAAUUCCUCUGUGAACAGAUCAUACAGUUUCUUUGUGCAUAUGGUGGUUGUCAGCAUUGUUGCUAUCAAAUAAUUCAUGCUUCUUGUAAUGUUACUGUGUUAUAUUUUUGGGUGAGGG